UUUUUUCUUUUUCGUUCUCCUCUCCCCCGCCGUUUCUCUUCUCCCGUGCGCGUGCCCUAACCGUCCCUUUCUCCUAACCGGCGCCGCACGCCUCGCGAUUAAGCUCCCUUCCUCUUCUCGGCUUCUCCCUCGCCGAACCCGAUUUUCCCUCGCCUCUCCUCCUCUCCUCUGCCCGACGCCGACCCGAUCCAUUCUUCAUCGCGCCGCCGCCUACCAACCUCCUGAUUCCCCUCUGCCUAGCGUCGGCAGCCGUUCUCUUCAUCUCUACCCAAGUGCCGCCGGCCUCCCCUGUGCCCUAGCGCCGCUGCCUCCUUCACCCUCUUGCGACACCGCCGGCCUUCUCUUCUCUUCCUCUCUUCUGUGCCCUAGCCAUUUCACGCCUCCCGAUCGACAUUCGCGCUGCGCUACCGUUCGCCGGAGCAUUGACAUUGCCGAUCUUGCUGUGCCCAAGUAGCAAAGGACCGUGCCCUAGAUCUGUCCCUCGCUGCCGCACCUCUGCACAGUGUCGCCGCCGCACGGAAACAGCGCCGCCGCACCUCUGCACCUCACUGUUCGGACCACCGGAUCUAGUUCAGCCACGCUGUGCCAUAGUGUGGAUCAUCUGCCCUCUUCGCCAGCGUUGACCUAGGGUUCUGGCGGCCAAUAUUGAGGAAUGUGAUGGCUGUUCUUUCUGUCUCUGCAAUAUGGGAUGAAAUUGACAUCUCUGAGAGCUAUCUUGUUUGUUGCAUGUUUGAGGAGGCAACAACCCUUGCUGUUUCAAUUCUUCAUCGUGUAUUAUGUACUCCCUUUGAAAAUGCAACAGAUGAUGUUCAGUCAGAUGAAAUUUUGGUAUCAGCCAGUAUGGUUUUUAUCCAGUCAAUGAAACAAUUGAAAAGGACAGAAGAAAUAAUUGUUGAGCUUAGAGCAUUGUUUGGCUCAGUUGCAGCUAUACCUGUUCAAGUGUUUCUGUCAGGGGCGUGCAUGCAAAUUUCUGAAGGAUAUACAUCCAGCCUUGGGCCAAUCUUUGAGGAAUUCCUCAGCAAAUGGAAGCUUGUGGAUGACAAAAUGUACAUUUUGACAGAUGCAGAACCUCGAUGUUCUGAUAAAGGAAGCCUAAAACAGCUUGUAAUGAGUCCUGAAAAGUACUUGGCGGUUGCUGAAGUUUAUACCAUAACAGUACUUGGGCAAGACUUUCAUAAUCUUAACCUUGCAAUAUCCUGGACAGAGAAAGCAGAGUUGCCUGAAGCGAACCGUCAGGUCUUGCAUAGGAGGUUACACUCUUUGCUAGGUGCCCAAAGGCUAGACCAUGGGCACUGGUCUCCUGCCAAUGGGUCCAUGCAAAUUGGAAAUGAAACCUACCCUAAAGCAAGAAGACAAGAGCUGCAAUCCGACGAGAGCAAAUCGAUAGCGAGUUCUUUAAAAACUGCUCAUCCAAGCAAGAAAAUCGUGGAUCAAAUAUUCUGGUGGUUUGAUACAGUCCGUAUCAAAGUUGUCAACAUUCAGCUGGUUCUUCCUCGUGGGAAAAAAUUGCUCUUUGGCUUCUUGAUCAUUCUAGCCUCCUACAUUCUCCGUCGCAGAACUACUACCCUGAAGCGAUUGGUCGCUAGACAAGCUUCAGUUGUUAAAGGGGCUCUGCUUGAUGCCUGGCGACUAGUGUUCUCUGUCCAGGUGAACCCGCUGGCUGCUAUCCAACAGCUUCCCUCUGCUCCGCAAUGAAACGCCCAUUGAUGACACACUAUAAGCAUCAUGGUCGUCAACCGCUGCUCUGACUUGGAGAGAACAUUUCCUCUAAAUUAUACUGAUGAGGAUGUUCAUGACCGACACAAGCCCGAGGAAUGUAUUACUGAGUAUGAGUUGCGGCAGCAACUAGAGAAUGAAUCAUACAUGCACAGCCGAUGAUCAAUGGCCAUUACAUGUCAUUUACAGAAGAAAUAUCGAACAACUGAUCAGUGUUCUUGAGAAAGAGUGCCAUCCUGAUGAAUCUAUAUUGUUGCAAAUGUAUUGGAGUGUACAUUUCCAGUACCACUAAUAUAAUAAAAAUGUAACAUAUAUAUUUUCAAAUUUUUAA